AUGGCUGAUAACCUCAACGCCAUGUUGAAGGACAUCUGUCGCGACCCUGAGGCAUGGAAGCAACGCCAUUCUUCCGAAGUGGCUAAUGCUCGAGCCGCGUACUAUCAACCUGGAACUGAGGCAGCCUGGGGAUUUGAUGUCGACAAUGGACGCCAACCAUGCAACUGGUAUGGCCAGCCAGGCGACAACGGUGGACUCAAGUUCGUCCACCAAGAUGCCAUCGCAGUCGUGCGGAGGAUUGAGCCCGGUGAGGGUCUCAAGGCAAACUACGGUAUCUGGACGUGGACCAUGGCGAUGAGGCUCGUUUACAACAAGCAAAUCAUGGCUCUGAGGAUUAAGACGACUCCCCAACACCAGCAGAACGAGUACUGGGUGUUCGAGUGGCUCGAGACAUGCCCCUCCACAAGCGACCUGUCUGCGGAGCAAAGGCUCUCAAACCAGCAGCGAUGGGUCAAUAGUGGCAACGUCAGCGUCGCUGUCAUCGAGGAUACGCCCAACGCGUGUCUCUCCCUUGCUGUUUUCGACAAAGGAGGCAAAGUGGACAACAUCAACAUGGUGCACGUCAUUGCGCACUUCACUCCCCUGGCAAUGGAGUAUCCCGACCGAGCAAAGCACUGGGCAGCCAUCAUUAGCAGGCUCCCUGUCCUCGCCGCGGACGUGCAGGUGCACAGUUCCAUCCCAGGCCGCAUUCCUGCCAAUGCGAGUCAACGUCGUCUGCACUCCGGCCUUAUGGCAGUGAUGGACUUUGUCCACCUGUCCCUCGCUGGUGAGCAGUACCCAAUCAACGAGCGACCGGGAUUUGGCUUGUGCCUUCGCACUUUGCUGUCGGAGGUGGCCUCGAUGGCCUGGACAGCUCGCCGACACAAAUUGGGAGCGAAGCAGUGGGAUGACGGAGGGCGGCAGGCUGUCGAAGCAAGUGUGGUAGGCGAAGGAGCCUCUGCCGGGCUCUUUCAGUCGAGCGGUUGA